ACUGCGUACCAUCGACUCUCCACUCUGCCGCGCGAAACAGCUUGACCUUUUGCCAAGCUGUCUUUAGUAGUCGCCCAAAGUCCCAAACAUCGAGACUGCCAAGCGAGCUUAUCCUGUCUCAACGUUCCCAAACCAAAUCUGGAACCUAGACACACAGACUCCCUAGGUUCCGCCCACUGCAGAACCGCAUUUCGACUUGCGGACGGGAGCCGCCAAGCAUGUUUGAGUUGGUAAUCGGCCUCAGAAUACACGACGAUCAUACACGUACUCUUGACAAGACGCUUACGCAGUCGAAACAAGCACGUGCUCCUAGUAGUCUUAUCAGUCCAGGGCGCCAUCUACACCGGAAGAUCACUAGCGCACCGGACCAAUACGAUCGACAGGGCGGGGUCAAUCAAAGCUCCACGGCCAAGACACAGCGUGCGGAAGCAUCUGCGACAUCCCGCGCUGCAACCCCAGGCUUUUCGGUUCCGGAUCUUUCAUGCUAGCGGGCUUAUCCACAGUUGAAUCACUAACCACGGUCGACAAGCGGGGACGGUGCAAGCGUCACCCUUGCUUUUGAUAGACCACCAUACGCUCCAGCCAGUUACAGAGGUCCCUUCAUGCACGCUUGCCCCAGCGGACCCCUCGGCAGCGCUACGUGACCCACGCACAACACCAGGCCUGAAGACUUGCACAAUUGCUGCUAACCAAUCUCUGCUUCACAUAUAAGGUCUGCCUACUGCCCCUUCCAGUCUCCAGAACACCAACAACACUUUCCGAUCAAUCAACCUUUUCAACAACUUUCACUCCAAGCCAAAGGCCAAUCACCCCACCAUCAAUAACAAACACAUCCAUCCUGGCGCAAUGUCUUCCACUAGCUCAGCCUACCACAUUCCCUUCCCCAAGACCUUUCUCGCCGUCAACACACCUGUCAAGCAAGCCGUUGCCGUCGAGUCAUCUCCCACUGAGUCCGUCAUGCCUGCUCACGGGUUUCUUUCCAACCGAUCCCACCGCCAUGAAUCAGUAUCAUCACUCUCCAGCUUUGGAGCCCCGCCCUCAGAAGCUAGCACUAUCAGCGCGCCAUCUUCUCCCCGCACCAGCCCUGCCGAUUCACAAAUCCUUGGCCCGAAGAUUUUCGCUCCUCUGGCGGUUAACGCAAAGUACGAGAUUCCGCCGAACAAUGUUUCGGAGAUGAGUGUGGCCGAGAGGAAGAGGCGCAUGUCGUUUGAGAAGCACACUUUCCUGUCCAACAAGCACUAGAGUUUGUGCAGACAAGAACGCGAUAAAAGCGGGCUUCACGAUGUCACGAUAACAAUUUCCUUUGAGUUGUUCUAUUCAACAGUCGAUAUACCACAAGAAAGAACCCUCGAGGCUUUCAACAGAGGGAGUAGGGCAGAGCGGCAUGGAACAGGCGUUUUUGGUCAAGGGAACAGCAAUAGGAACAGGGACAAAUUUGCCAGCCUAGGUCAUGGGUCAUGGGCAGUUAGUGAAGGCAUUUUCACACAAUCUGAUACGACAUUUUGAAUUCUCUGCA